AUGAAACUUAUACUCGAGAUGUCAUCACCAACCAUGCCAAUCCCCCGUUGUUGGCUUUUAAUUUUAAAAUAUGCAAGGGCUUUAAACGGUCAAUAACCUGAUUCUACCUGCACAGACCUGCUUUUAAACAUCCAAAAUAUCUCUGCUCUCGUCUCAAACCCUCCAAAACUCCAACCUUUCUUGCGCUUUCACGGUUGCAACAAAAAAAAAAAAAAAGCUUCAGCUUUUCAACAAAUUCUCCAAUGUUUCCAAGUUUCCAACAACUAUUUCGUAAAUGCUGAUAAAAUUCAUCCGGAAAGGUCUCAUCCUUAUUUCCCCUGUCCAUAGAAAACAAAGGUUUGGCAUUUGAACGAAAUGGAGCAGAAUGAAGGGACCAAUAUUCAACCUAUCAACCACAAUCAUCGGAUGUAUGAGGUUCAUCCGAUGUAUGAGGUAACUAAAGUGUUAAAAGGAAAAGGAAAAGGAAAAAAAUAUUGCAACGGUUGUCGUCUGGUACUUAGUGGUCCUAGCUACCGCUGUGAAAUGUGUUUUGACCUUCUUAAAUCCGCAGGACAAAAGGAGUUUUACCUACAUAAACGAUGCGCUAACUUGCCAAAUAAGAUACAACACCCAUCCCAUUCUGUCCAUCCUCUUAACCUCUAUACUUCGCAUCACCCUCAGAUUGGUCGAACCAUUUCAUGUGAUGACUGUAGAGACAUUUGUCUUGGCUUCAUAUAUCUUUGCGAGCAGUGUGAUUUCAAGCUUGAUGUGAAAUGCGCUGCUCUAAGAACUCAUAAAACUGCGGUUUCGCAAGAAAAAGAGAUGGCUAGAGUAACCGAGUCACAGCAUUUCAACCACCACCAUAAGCUUGUACUUGGCUAUUGUAAUGACCCUAUAGAUGAAACCAAAUGCACAAUUUGUGAAUUGCCAAUCAUAGGUCCAGCCUAUUUUUGCCGUGAGUACAACUGUGAUUAUAUUCUUCACGAAUCUUGCCUUAGGUUACCACAAAAGAUAGAAGUGCCAUUUCAGUGGAAUGAAGUCCCAUUUCAAAUGCAUCAAAUCCCAUUUCAUCGGGAACAUGUUUUGUUAGUUGCGUCUUCCCCCAUGAAGAUUCAAAGCCACAGUGUUAUGCUUGCCCUUUUGCGUUAAAGUCACUCAUGUUUGCAUAUAAUUGUGAACAUUGUCCCAUCAACCUCCAUCCUACAUGUGCUAGUUCCUUAAGGCGACCCUUGAAAAGUGAGGCCCACGGUCACAUGCAUGACCUUUACUAUUUUGGGACAAAUUUUCAGUUACUCAUUGCCAAGUAUCCGCCACCGGCAGCAAGUUUUCUUUGUGUUGAAUGUGGAAAACGUAUUAAAAGAGAACCCUUUUAUCGUUGUCCACAAUGUCGUUUCAAUUUUCAUGUGAAAUGUGUUCCCAUUCCUGGUAUGGUUAAAUCCACAUAUCAUGAUCAUGUUUUAACUCUGAAAGGUUCUUUUGUUGAAGAUGAUUCUAGAGAUCAUCGUUGUGAAUUUUGUGAGGAAGAUAGAAAUCCAAAUGAUCACGCAUAUUUUUGUGAAGAAUGUAAUGGUCUAGUGAUCGCUCAUGUAGAAUGCGUAUUUGCUAGAGCAGUGGACGCACUAUUUUAAAUUCGACCUUUGGGGCGAAAAGAGUCGCUUAUUCUUCAUGAAAUGCAGGGAAGAUCUGAAGAUUCUAACCCAACUAUAAUUGAUAAGUAGUAAGAGCCUUGGUGCUAAUUAAUUUGAAAGGUUGGUGAUUAUUUUUGUUAUGUGGAAUUGGGAAUCUAGAUAUUGCUUUCUAUUUUUAAGUUAAAAGUUCAUCCAUGACUCUUUGCUUAUUAACAAUUUCUUGCAAGGGUCCUUGUUUUUGUGAGAUAA